AUGUCGCCACUCGGACAGUCCUUUGUCCGUUGUUUGAGCGAGCGGACUUCUGAAUGUGGAAUAACGAAUAUUCAAGAUGAGGCGGAUUUCCAGAAGCGAGUUAUCAACAACCAGAAGCCUGUUCUGGUUGAUUUCCACGCCACCUGGUGCGGUCCCUGCAAACUGCUUGGUCCUCGUUUAGAAGAGGUGAUGAAAUCUCACAUGAAUUCGAUACUACUGGCAAAGGUCGACGUAGAUCAGAACGAUACGCUUGCAGCCACUUAUAAGAUAUCUGCAGUGCCGACUGUGAUAGCAAUAAAGAAUGGCAAGGAAGUGGAUCGGUUCAGUGGACUAAAGGAAAGACAAGCUAUUGAGAAAAUGAUUAAUUCCUUGAUAGGUUGAAACACGUUAUCUAAAACAUGUUACCAGACUUUGUAGUACUACCGAGUUUAUUGAAAUCCUGAG